AUGAAUCGAAGCUUUGAUGCUAAUGAUUUGGAAGCACUCGAUAUGGACAAUCCUGAAUUCGAAAAUUUUUCUGAAACGGAUGAAUCGGGAUACUACAGCGGCGAUCAUAUGCAGGAAGCUAUUGAUCGAGCGUUCAUGAUUGGAUUCAACGAGACAAUGGAUCGUAUGGAACAGCGAAUUAACGAAAUAGCAAAUGAAAAUUGGUUUCGACAUAAUAUCAACAAUCAUAAUUUGCUUAGAAACUUUCGUUUCGAUUUACCCAACAACAUUGCUCCAUAUGAUUUACCCGGUGGUUCACGACAAAACAACAAUGAACCGUACAGAGUGGUAAUGCAGCAACUUGAACAAGUGCCGCAUUGUGUAUUUUACGAAAGAGUCGUUAAUGAACCUUAUCCAGAAUCCCUUCGUCUUGAUCGAUUAUCAGCUGGUAGUUCACGAUCAUGGAGCCCAAAUCUCAUCAAUCAACAACAAGAAAGACCUUUUACUCGAUAUCGAAGAUACAGCUAUCCGGUUAUUGCUCGAGAUUUUGAUUUUCCACAGACGGAUAAUGAACUAAGUGAGGACGAAAUGGAUAACCUAUCCAACUUCCUGAGAUCUGCAUUAACCACACGUGAUGAAUUACCACCAGAAGGUACGGCAUCCGAUCCACCACAGUUGUUGGCAGUACAGCAAAGCAACAGUUAUCCUAUGAUCGGUGGUAAUGAAUAUCACAUGCGAUAUGGAAGUAAUCGUAGUAUUUUUUCUGGCGAAAGAAGCUCAGUUCGUUCUCAUUAUCGUCGUCAUACUGGUCAUGGUGUUAAGCGUUACCAUUCUCAAAGAUCAGGUAGCGGAUCAUCACGUGAUUCAACGAAACGACGACGUUCGUUACCGCCAAUGGCAGGAAGAAGAAUCAGUUUAGAAUAUACUUCUUCGGAAAGUGAUGCGGAACCAGUGGAAGAAGUCUCGUACACCGAUCGCAACAUUGAACAAAAUUACCUGCCGAGAUUGAGACAAAAUAUCAUAUAUAUGAGAACUAAUCGAAGACGCUUAUCGCCAUCACAAAAUCCACGCCGACGUCGACGAUCGUCGCAAAGAUAUCCACGAGUUCGCCUGUACGGAAGAUUACGCCGCGUUAACAAUGGUCGAAUUACACGGAAAAGAUCUUAA